UGCCAUACUACGAUGCAGGAGGUAGGCUGCCACAGAGAAGGUAUUGUCGACUCGGACGAUGUCCGAGCCCACGCUGAAUUGCAAGGAGAGGUGCUUCUGCGUGGCCGUCAAACCACGCUCCUCGCUCGCGCAGUGGAUGCUCCUCGAUGACCACUCGACCAAACCACAGUCACUCGCCCAGUGGUUGCUCUGCCACUGCAAGCCAGAGAAGCGCGUAAACUCGGGCAUAGGGGACGUGCCGCAGAUUGCAUCACUUGCGGGCGCGACGCUCCAGCGAGGCGCGUACUCGCCGACAUGGGACACUGAUAUUUGCCCUCAACAUUCCGCCGAUGAUUUCGCCACCUAAAAGUCUCGAACGCAUCUUCAUCUCCAUAGGCAAACACUCGACCGGCGGUAGCAUCCAGACGCUCAAGUGGUCCACUUGGGACCCAGAUAGUCGCGUGGCUCACCUGGAGGUCUUCGGUGGCUACGGCGGCUCCUCCCACACAGGACAGUGGACUGAGCCUCCAGGCUGCCUCUGGCUCUUCCUAAUCAACCUGGGCCGCUGCUGCGACUACUCGUACCGCUUCGAGUUCUCAGAGGACUACCGCCGCGCCGAGAUUCUCAUUGAGGCGAACCUAUGCUGCUGCUGCUGCCUGCCAAUCCCGCCCUGCCUCCCCGCCUGGUUCGUUCUGCCGGGCUCGUGCGUCCGCUUCGAGGCGAUUCAGGCGGAUGAGGGCUCGAAUGACGGGACCGACUGGGUACGACAGUCCUCGAUAUGCGGCGGCGACUUUUCGUACACCUACAACCUCGUCGAAGUGUACCAGGAGGACGGCUCUCCGGGCAGGUUUCACGCCGACCUCGCGACAUACGCUCCUGCGAGCAUGAUGAUCUCGCGCUGAGGCGGGCGGGUUCCGCGACUUCUCUCCCUCACUUGCUCUUCCGUGCUUCCGAGCGGGUAAAUGAAAAUGUAGAAAUAAAACUGUACGUCAACUGUAUGGAGAAAAGGGUAAAUAAGCACAUUUAGAAAUAACAUCACGCAUGAUCAUGAGAGUGGCGGCUCGUUGCGCGAACGAAAUGGAUCAAUGAUAGCCCAUUCUUCGCGUUACGAACCCCCUAGAAUGUGGCCCGU